UACUAUAGCUAUGUGCCUUUUGUGAUUGGUAAAUGCAUAGCCAAUGAGAAUCCGUAUUUUUCGCUCAAUAAUUUGAGUUUGACUUUGCAUUUUGUGUGUGUUGUGUUGUGGUAUAAAUACAUUUCUAUUUUUGAUAUAAGGAGAAUUAUAAACAUCGAGAUGCUAACGAAUUUACGUGGGGUAUCACCGCUGUCCGAAACAAUGUCGGAUAAUACCAUCGAAAGGCAACGUGCCGAGAAAGCUUUAAUCUCAAAAACCUCAUCUUUGCCUCACAAGAACAUUGGAUUGCGAAAUUAUUCUGAUAAAAAUGGAAACGAUGUUUGCAAAAAUGUGUACAAGGGACGAAAAACUUUCGCUUUCUGGACGCUGGUUUGUUUAUUGUUUGUUCUGGCGAUUGGAAAUCUUAUUUUAACCUUUACAAUACUUGCAGUAUUAAGACUGGGCCAAGGGCUAGAAAGCAUGGAAUUUCUCCCUGAGCACAAUGCCAUCAAGUUCUUUGGAGAGACAAACUUGGAUCAUCUUUAUAAAAAGGAUGGCCUUAUUGAGGGUUUUAAAGAUGUGCCAAUGAGUGUUGUGAGUGAAAAUGGAUCUGUUAUAUUUAAUUUGCAGACCAGACUCUCUCGCUCUGACACGAGACUAACAUUGAACACAUCUGGAAUCUUUGUGCGCGGAGUGAAUUCUUUUGAAAUAAACGAACCUGUGACUGGUGAAACUGUGUUCAGUACUGACAGUGCGGAGUUAACACUCACAGAGUCUGUGAAUAAUUUGCUUGCCAAGCAAGUGUCAACAAAGCGUAUAUCGUCUCCAGUCGAUGAGGACCUGUUAAUCCGGGCAGACAGUUCCCUUCAUCUGCAGGGUGCUGAGGGCACACAUAUGGAAGCCAAAAUGCUCCACUGGUCUGCUGACCAAGACAUCUAUUUAAAGUCCAUAAAUGGGUCCAUUGUUUUAAGCGGGAAGGAAGGCGUCUUCAUUGAUGUCAGGUAUUUACCUAUAGCCGCACCGCUAACACGUGGUGGGCUUAUUGGGCAAUUCAAAAUGUGUGUUUGUAUGCCCCAGGGUAAGUUGUUCAGGGUCGCUGUCCCCUCUGGCCAGAAGGUGACCUGUUCACAUGUCAAUAUGACAGGGGAUUUGAAUCCUUGCCUGUAAAUGUUUUUAAAUGUAAGACUUAAGAAAUUUGUCCAAAACACUACGUGUUGGUUUCGCGAUUUGUUAUUGUUGUCCUCGUUGCUAUAGUAACCGUGUACGUAGAUGAAGUACGUAAUAGAUUGGGUCUUAUUACGAAAUUGAGACAGUCAUAUAUAGACAUGUAUAAGAGUGAACAAGACGGAAUGAUUGUUUUGCGUUUAUUUUGUUUGUCUUCAGUCUCGUUCUAUAGAUUACUAUACCAGUGAGCUGAGAUGAAGUACGCAUUAGAUUGGGUCUUACUUCGAAAUUGAGACAGUCAUAUAUAGAAAUGUAUAAGAGUGAACAAGACGGAAUGCUUGUUUUGCGUAUAUUUUGUUUGUCUUCAGUAUCGUUCUAUGGAUUACUAUAACAGUGAGCUUAGACGAAGAAUGAUGUAGAUUGGAUCUUAUAUCGAAAUUGAGACAGUCAUAUAUAGAAAUGUAUAAGAGUGACCAAGACGGAAUGCUUGUUUUGCGUAUAUUUUGUUUGUCUUCAAUAUCGUUCUAUGGAUUACUAUAACAGUGAGCUUAGACGAAGAAUGAUGUAGAUUGGAUCUUAUAUCGAAAUUGAGACAGUCAUAUAUAGAAAUAUAUAAGAGUGAACAAUACAGAAUGAUUGUGUUGCGUAUAUUUUGUUUGACUUCAGUUUAUAUAAAUUAUUGUUUUAAUGUCGUAUAAUUUAGUUCUUCUAAAAUAAUUAGUAAUGUUUGCUCUAGUCUACAUAUUAAAUGGCAUGUAUUUGGUAAUCAUUGAACCGUAAAAUCUGCAUAUAAAGCCGAUUAAUCUAUCGCUUCAUUCAAUCAAAAGAAUCUCGUCGUGAGCGCUGUCAAAUAUGUCAAAACUCUUUAUAGUUGUAUCCACGCCAUCUAGUGACAAUUCACCAAAUUUACUGUAUAUGUAAUCCUGUAAUGGGACGAAAGUGACGCAGGUAUAAGACAGCUUCAGGUAUUCCUCGGUGUUUUAAAGUUACUUAGGACUACCAUUGAAUCAAAGAACCGCUCUGGAACUCGUGAUCAAACCCCAAGCCCUGAUGAUACUUGAUACUUGCUAUAAGCCUUUACAAAGUGUAUGUAUAGUAAAGUAUUUUGUUUCUAUUUAUCAAAAUAUAUGUCGUAGUUUGUGUUGAUUUAGAGAAAUAUUCAGCUUUGGAUGUUUUUGGUCCUUCGGUAAUCGAGUAUAUUUGUAUUGCCGAUAUUUAGCAGAAUUAUUUUAAUUUGUAAGUAAAUUAUAAUACCACAAAUUAUAUCUAGUCAAAUGUCUAGUCAAUGUAAAAAUAUGUUAUAUAUAAUGUAUAGUA